UUAGAGGCAGAAAACAAGAUAAAAAAUAUUCUGAAACAAUGGACUGCAGACAUAGUACAGGAGAUGACCAGAGACUGCGGACAUAGUACAGGAGAUGACCAGAGACUGCGGACAGUGCAGGAGAUGACCAGAGACUGCGGACGGUACAGGAGAUGACUGCUGACCUUUGGGGAGGGAGGGGGAGCGGGUACCUGAACUUGACAGGUACCCGCUCCCACUUCCGCGGAGUUGUCCUCCCUUUAGUCUGGGCACCCGGCUGUGCACGAGAAGCGCUGCACUUUGUGAUUGGUCCGCCGUCUUCUGGGACCUGUCAUGUGUACCAGAAGACGCUG